AUUUAGGGUCUGGGCGAUGGACACGGCCAUGCUCCAGCUGUGGAGGAUGCUCCUCCUCGCCGCGCUAGCGGCGCUCCAAGCCCUGGCCUGGGAAUUGGAGAGGAGCAGCGGCGGCGGCGAUCGGGCGGAGCCGGCAUCGUUCUACUUCACGGAUUUCGAGGAUAAUCUCCAGGAUCUCAGCUUGCUCGGCGACGCCAAGUUCGUGCGAAUCGAGGGCCAGGCGGAUGGAAUGGCGGUGCAGCUCUCCGGCACGCGCCAGAACACCGUAGGUAGGCUGCUCUACAGUAUCCCUGUCAACAUGCUCGAUCUAUCCAACAAUCCGGCCUCCUUCUCCACAUUCUUCGAGUUCUCCAUGGCCGCCUUCGCCGGCGAUGGCCUCGCGUUCGUCAUCGUCCCCGACAAGAUCUCCAUCGGCGCCAGCGGCCCCUGGCUGGGAUUGGUGAAAGAGGACGAGAUCUCCAACCGGACGGCUAUGGCGCCUCACACAUUCGCGGUGGAGUUUGACAGCGUCAUGAACAUGGAACUCCGGGAUCCAAACAGCAACCACGUCGGCCUGGAUGUGGAAACCAUCGUCUCCACCGUCACUGCCAAUGCCUCCGACAUUGGAUUGAUCCUCAACGAUGGCUCCAGGACCUUCGCGUGGAUCCAGUUCGAUGGAUCGAGCAGCGAGCUAGACGUGAGGAUCAGCAAGGAUAGGAACUCCAGGCCGACGAAGCCGCUGCUCUCGCACAAGCUAGAUCUCAAAUCAGUGCUCCGGCCGUGGAUGUACGUGGGUUUUAGCUCCUCCACCGGCGAGGCCUCGCAGAAGCACAAGGUGUUCUCCUGGAAGUUCUCCAGCGGCGGAAGUUCUUCCCCGAGUUCUUCAAGCCGGAGGAGGUGGCGAAAUGAGAUACUCCUACAGGGGAUUCACUCGCUCCCGGCGAAUCCAUUAUCCCCCUCGGUCGCAAAAGAGGGAGAGGACGGAUCAUCAGAAGCCCCCCAGGUUUUGGAUGAUCACACUAGCAGCUUGGUGAUUUUGGUGGUGGGAUUUACGUGUGGAGCGAGCGUUACGUUGUUUUUGCUUGCUGGUUGGGCUUUGAUGCGUUCCAGAUUUGAUCACGAUGCAUAUCAGGAGAUCAAUUAACAGGCAACCUCAGCAAUCUACUAUGCAAGAAAGUCAAUGUAGAGGUAAAGUCACAUAGAGGUAUGCUCUGCCUUAUAUAUAUAUUCUUGUGUGGGAUGGUUCUUUUUCUUCUUCUUCCAAGUUUUGUUCGUUUUCUUCUUCUUUUUUUUUUUCCUUUUUUCCUAUAUUCUUUUCCUAGCCGGUUACCAAGUCAGUAUAAUAGUUUUAAUUCUUUUUAGAGGAGGCAAAAAGAAGGAUUUUUACUCUCUUUUUUUCUAUUUUCGAAGAUCUUUUCUCUUGGCGUGUUUUUUCAAGCUAGAAGGCUCUGUAAAUUAUAUCUACAAUAUAAGAAUGUCCGUACUAUUAUGAA